ACAAAGGGAGUGGCUGGCAUUGGGAAAACAGUCUUAACACAGAAGUUCACCCUCGACUGGGCUGAAGACAAAGCCAACCAGGACAUCCAGUUCAUAUUUCCAUUCACUUUCAGAGAGCUGAAUGUGCUGAAAGAGGAAAAGUUCAGCUUGGUGGAACUUGUUCAUCACUUCUUUACUGAAAUCAAAGAAGCAGGAAUCUGCAGCUUUGAAGACUUCCAGGUUGUCUUCAUCUUUGAUGGUCUGGAUGAGUGUCGACCUCCUCUGAACUUCCACAAAACUACAAUCCUAACUGACCCUUGCAAGUCCACCUCAGUGGAUGUAUUGCUGGUAAACCUCAUCAGGGGGAACCUGCUUCCUUCUGCUCGCCUCUGGAUAACCACACGACCUGCAGCAGCCAGUCAGAUCCCUCAUGACUAUAUUGGCAUGGUGACAGAGGUCAGAGGAUUUGCUGACCCACAGAAGGAGGAGUACUUCAGGAAGAGAUUCAGAGAUGAGGAGCAGGCCAGCACGAUCAUAUCCCACAUCAAGACAUCACGAAGUCUCCACAUCAUGUGCCACAUCCCAGUCUUCUGCUGGAUCACUGCUACAGUUCUGGAGGAUGUGCUGAAAACCAGAAAGGAAGUAGAGCUGCCCAAGAGCCUGACUGAGAUGUACAUCCACUUCCUGGUGGUUCAGGCCAAAGUGAAAAAGGUCAAGUAUGAUGAUGGAACUGAGACAGAUCCACACUGGAGUCCAGAGAGCAGGAAGAUGAUUGAGUCUCUGGGAAAACUGGCUUUUGAUCAGCUGCAGAAAGGAAACCUGAUCUUCUAUGAAUCCGACCUGACAGAGUGUGGCAUCGAUAUCAGAGCAGCCUCAGUGUACUCAGGAGUGUUCACACAGAUCUUUAAAGAGGAGAGAGGGCUGUACCAGAAUAAAGUGUUCUGCUUUGUCCACCUGAGCGUUCAGGAAUUUCUGGCUGCAGUUCAUGUCCAUCUGACCUUCAUCAACUCUGGAGUCAAUCUGCUGGAUGAAAAAAAAUCUCACUUAUUUAGAGUCUUUCAAAUAAAAUCCAAAUUAAAUUUAUUCUACCAGAAUGCUGUGAAAAGGGCCUUACAGAGUCCAAAUGGACACCUGGACUUGUUUCUCCGUUUCCUCCUGGGUCUUUCAUUGCAGACCAAUCAAAGUCUUCUACAAGGUCUGCUGACACAGGCAGAAAGUAACACACAGACCAAUCAGGAAACAGUCCAGUACAUCAAGAAGAAGAUCUGUAGCAAUCUGUCUACAGAGAAAAGGAUCAAUCUGUUCUACUGUCUGAAUGAACUGAAUGAUAGUUCUCUAGUGGAGGAGAUCCAACAGUCCCUGAGAUCAGGAAGUCUCUCUACAGAUAAACUGUCUCCUGCUCAGUGGUCAGCUCUGGUCUUCAUCUUACUGUCAUCAGAAAAAGAUUUGGAUGUGUUUGACUUGAAAAAAUACUCUGCUUCAGAGGAGGCUCUUCUGAGGCUCCUACCAGUGGUCAAAGCUUCCAACAAAGCUCUGCUGACUCACUGUAACCUCUCAGAGAGAGGUUGUAACGCUCUGUCCUCAGUUCUCAGCUCCCAGACCUGCAGUAUGAGAGAGCUGGACCUGAGUAACAACAACCUAGAGGAUUCAGGAGUGAAGCUUCUGUCUUCUGGACUGGAAAGUCCAAACUGUACACUGAAUACUCUGAGACUGACUCACUGUAACGUCUCAGAGAAAAGUUUUGAAGCUCUGUUCUCAGUCCUCAGCUCCCCGUCCUCUCCUAUGAGAGAGCUUGACGUGAGUAACAACAAUCUGCUGGAUUUAGGAGUGAAACUUCUUUCUUCUGGACUGCAGAGUCCACAUUGUACAUUGAAUACACUGAGGAUGAGUCAGUGUAACCUCUCAGAGAGAAACUGUGAAGCUCUGUCCUCACUUAUCGGCUCCCAGUCAUCUAAUCUGAGAGAGCUGGACUUGAAUAACAAUGACCUGCAGGAUUCAGGAGUAAAGAUUCUGUCUGUUGGAGUCAAGAGUCCACAUAGUGAACUGGAAACUCUCAGACUGAAUUUCUGUGACUUGUCAGAGAGAAGCUGUGAAGCUCUGUCCACAGUUCUAAGCUCCCAGUCUUCUAGUCUGAGAGAGCUGGACCUAGGUAACAAUGACCUGCAGGAUUCAGGAGUGAAACUGCUGUCUGCUGGAUUAAAGAGUCCACACAGUGAACUGGAAACUCUGAGUCUGUCAGGCUGUCUGAUCACAGAGGAAGGCUGUACUUACCUGGUUUCAGCUCUGAGCUCCAACCCCUCCCAUCUGAGAGAGCUGGACCUGAGCUACAAUCAUCCAGGAGAAUCAGGGUUGAGGCAAUUGUCAGCUGGACUGAAGGAUCCACACUGGAGACUGGACACUCUCAGGGUGGAGCCUGCUGGAGUCCGAUGGUUGACACCAGGUCUGAGGAAGUAUUCCUGUCAACUCACAAUCGACACAAACACAGUAAACACAAACCUCAAACUGUCUGACAACAACAGGAAGAUGACACAUAUGGAGAAGGUUCAGCCAUAUCCUGAUCAUCCAGACAGAUUUGACAUUCAUCCUCAGUUGCUGUGUAGUAAUGGUCUGAGUGGUCGCUGUUACUGGGAGGUCGAGUGGAAAGGAAACAUUUCUAUAUCAAGUAGCAGUGUAUGUGGACUGUCCUGCUGGCACUCUGUCCUUCUACAGAGUCUCCUCUGACACUCUGAUCCACCUCCACACCUUCAACACCACAUUCACUGAACCUCUUUAUCCUGGAUUUGGACUCUGGACUACUUUAAAGGGAUUAGAAAUCCAGUAUGGUGCCUCAGUGUGUCUGUGCUGAGUUGAGUGUAAAGAGUGUCCUCCUGUUAGAGAAACACUCUAACAUUUGUCUGUCUGUUUCACUCAGAAACACAUUUUCAGAUUCAUGGAUCCCAUCAGUUGAUGUUUUAAACUGUUCUAAAUGAAUGAAAGGAAUUUGGUAAUUGACAUUACAUUUGUAUUGAUGUAUAAUUUUUAUAAGCUGUUUCAUUGUUAUGCCUUCAACUCUGAAUUUUAUAAAACUCUGCAUCCAAAACAAAGAGAAAGUGAUGACAGAUGUGUUUAUGUUCACAAAGGAAAAUUAGCCCCAAAAACGCCUUUUAAACAACCUUCUGUAUUUUGGAGCAUAGAUCGCUCAGUUUACAAAGUGAUUUUUGAUGUCAGUCUGUUUUUUGUGAUGACACGUCAAUAAUUUCUAUCAUAUUUUGCUGUUUCUAUUUGAAUGAGAGCUUUUUAAAAAGACCAUUGUAUGGGGGUCUCUUUUACAUCCAUAGCAGAAUAGAACCAUUAAGUCUUGUCACUGUUUGUUUGUUUCACUUUAUUAAAGACACACAUGGGUCCUCAACCUCA